CGUCUUUUCUCUCAAAAAUCCAGCCUCUGCUCCUCAAUCAUCUCUCAAAAAUCCAGCCCCUGCUCCUCAAUCAUCUCCAUCUCCUUCUUUGCCCCUUCUGCAAUCAUCUCCAUCGCCUCCUCACCUCUUCACUCAAAAAGCUCACCAGUAAUGUCACCCCCUCUGCAAUCAUCUCCAUCUUCCCCUCCAAAGUGUUGGCAGUAUUUUUCAGCAUCCAUGGAGAACAUGAUUAUGAGCUUUAUCUUCCUUCCAAUGUUGUUAAUGCAAAGUUUCAUAACUGCUCUAGCCAUGUCUCAACCAAACUUGACCACAGACCAAUCUGCCCUUCUUGAAUUUAAAGCUCACAUUACUUCUGAUCCUCUUAAUAUCUUAUUCUCCAACUGGUCUUCUGUCACCCCAGUCUGUAACUGGUUUGGCGUUUCCUGCAGUGAUCUUCAUCAUAGAGUUACAUCCUUGGAUCUUUCAAACAUGAACCUCACUGGCAGCCUCCCUCCCCAGUUGGGAAACCUAUCUUUCCUUGUAUAUCUCAACUUGUGUAGAAACAGCUUCAAUGGUCAUUUGCCUCCAGAAGUAGGGAAGUUGCGGCGUUUGAGGUUCAUGGACUUGAGCUUCAAUUUUCUAGAUGGAAGCAUCCCAGAUGAGAUUUGGUUGCUUUUAAAGUUGGAGAUUUUUAAAGUAGGAAACAACCAGCUUACGGGAACUAUAUCAAAAAACAUUGGCAACUUAACUAAGCUAAGGACAAUAUAUAUUGGAGAUACGAAGAUAGGAGGGGAAAUACCACAGGAGAUAAGUAAUCUUCACAAUUUGGAGAAAUUUGCAGCUGGAAAUGCAACCUUCUCAGGUCUCAUUCCACCAAAAAUCUUCAAUAUCUCUUCCUUGAGAUGGAUUAAUCUCUACACAAAUAACCUUUCUGGCACCCUCCCUACUGACUUAUGCUACCAUCUACCAAAUCUUAAGCUACUUUAUUUGAAUAAGAAUCAAUUGAAUGGCUCAAUUCCUUCAAGUAUAGGCAGGUGCAAGAAGCUUCAGAAUUUGUCUCUAGCAAUUAAUAGAUUCACUGGAUACAUCCCUAGAAGCAUUGGGAACUUGACCGGACUUACUGAAAUAUAUCUUGGUAACAAUGACUUAGAAGGUGAAAUACCAGAGGAGUUAGGCAACUUACCCUUGAGGGUUUUAGAUAUGGGAAGCAACUUCUUGACUGGUUCCAUUCCUCCCAUAAUCUUCAACAUCUCAACCUUGGAAAUCAUUUCCUUAGCAAUGAAUAACCUUUCAGGCCAUCUUCCUUCAACUGUUGGACUUGGGCUUCCAAAGAUUACUGAGCUACAGCUGUAUCAAAAUAAACUCAGUGGCAUUUUUCCAAGUUCUAUCUCCAAUUCUUCCCUACUUACCAUUCUAGACCUCAGAUAUAACUUGUUUAGUGGCCCUUUCCCCAAUUCUUUUGGCCAUCUGAGAUUCCUCCAAAAGCUUCACUUGAUUGGAAACAUGUUCUUUGAAUUCUCCACUCCUAAAAGAAGCUUCCUCUCUUCAUUGACAAACUGCAGAUUUUUGACAUGCCUAUCCAUAUCGUCUAAUUCAUUCAAUGGUGUCCUUCCGGCUUCAAUUGGGAAUCUAUCUACAUCUCUUCGAUAUUUUGAAGCAAAUAAUUGCAAAAUCCAAGGAAAAAUUCCCAUAGAAAUUGGCAACUUGAGCAACUUGAUAUCUUUAAGUCUUUACGGUAAUGAAUUGAUUGGAUCAAUUCCUGUAACAAUUGGAAGAUUGCAACAACUCCAAGGUCUAUAUUUUUAUAGAAAUAGACUUCAAGGAGGAAUUCCUGAUGAUCUAUGUCAUUUAGAGAGAUUAUAUCAAUUGGAAUUAGAUUAUAAUCAGCUCAUUGGAUCCAUGCCAGAGUGCUUAGCCAAUUUGACUUUUUUAAGAUAUCUGAACUUAGGUUCCAACAACUUAAGUUCUACCAUACCCUCUACCUUUUGGAGUCUUAAAUAUAUCUUGGAAGUAAACUUAUCAUCAAAUUCAUUUAGUGGCUUUCUUCCAUUAGAUUUUGGAAACUUGAAGGUCUUGAUUAGCAUGGAUUUGUCUAGAAAUAAGCUAUCAGGCAAUUUACCUAGCACCAUUGGGGGCCUCAAAGAUAUGACUCAUCUUUCCUUAGCAGAAAAUGCAUUACAAGGUAGCAUUCCUCAAUCAUUUGGUGGGUUGGAAAGCUUGGAAUUCCUAGAUCUCUCUAACAACAUUCUCUCCGGGGUUAUUCCUAAGUCUUUGGAAAGACUCUCAUAUCUCAAAUUCUUCAAUUUAUCUUUCAAUAGACUUGAAGGAGAAAUCCCAAGUGGAGGAUCAUUUACAAACCUCUCAGCUCAAUCAUUCACGGGAAACACUGCCCUCUGUGGUUUACCAAGAUUUCAAGUAUCUCCAUGUAAAAGCAACCCAUCGUCUCAAUCUUGCAAAAAAUUCAUCCAUGUGCUAAGAUUUGUGUUGCCACUUAUAGCAGCUACCAUAUUGAUAAUGACCCUCCUCAUCAUCUUUACAAGACGAUACAAAUCAAAAGAAAAAUCCACAAAUGAAGAUGCUUUUCUAGAACCAACAAGAUGGAGGAGAAUUUCAUACCAAGAACUUCAACAGGCAACUAAUAGAUUCAACGAAAGAAACUUUCUUGGUAAAGGGAGUUUUGGAUCAGUAUACAGUGGGACACUUCAAGAUGGAAUGAACAUUGCAAUAAAAGUCUUCAAUCUACAAGUAGAGGAUGUACUCAAACGUUUUGACGCAGAAUGUGAAGUACUACGCAGUAUUCGCCACCGAAAUCUGAUCAAAAUCAUUAGCCGUUGUUGUAAUGAAGAUUUCAAAGCCUUGGUGCUCGAGUUCAUGCCUAAUGGAACCUUGGAGAGGUGGCUGUAUUCUGAUGUAUGUUGUCUGGACAUUCUCCAGAGAUUGUAUAUAAUGAAAGAUGUGGCAUCUGCUCUAGAAUAUCUCCACCAUGGACAUCCAAUUCCGAUUAUCCACUGUGAUUUGAAGCCUAGUAAUGUGUUGCUUGAUGAAGAUAUGGUUGCACAUGUAGGAGAUUUUGGCCUUGCCAAGCUUAUGGGGGCGGGGGAAUCUAUGAUGCAAACCAUGAGGAUUGCCACAAUCGGCUACAUGGCACCAGAGUAUGGAUCUUUGGGAAUGGUUUCUACCAAAGGUGACAUUUACAGUUAUGGCAUCUUACUUAUGGAGACAUUCACAAGGCGAAAACCUACUGAUGAAUUGUUCACUGGGGAGAUGAGCUUGAAGCUAUGGGUGAGAGAGUCACUGUCCUACUCAGUAACAAAAAUUGUAGAUGCCAAUUUGAUUAACAGAGAGGAGAAACAUUAUAAUGCCAAGAUAAAUUGUGUGACAUCCAUUAUGGAAUUGGCUUUGGAUUGUUGUGCAGAAUCACCCAGAGAAAGGCCAAACAUGAUGGACGUUGCAGCCAUGGUCAAGAAGAUCAAAGAAAAAUAUCUCAAGGAUAGUUAGUUUUUGAACAAAGAGAUGAAGGUCUGGAAAUGUUCAGAACUCAAGUUUCGUUGAACGAUAUUGCAUUUUUAUAUACAAAUAAAUAAUACUACUAAAAGCAUAAAACUGCAUCUUUGCGUUUGGAUAUCAGUUUCUUUAUUCACAACUCUUGCAAUUCAAAGAAAAUUCACCGUCAUAU